AAACAGCCUCUGGAUCCACCGCGUUUCCAUUUUUCCCCCUCUCUCUCUCCCGUGUGAGAGACCUCGGAUCAGUCCCCUUGGAGUUUCCCCCCCUCUUUCUCUCUCUCUUUCUCUCUUUUUCUUUUUUUUGUUGCCUUUUUAAAAAGACAAAUAUUUUUCGUCCUCGUCGAUCUGAUCUGUUGUUGGCGAAGCUUGGAUGCGCCUGCGUCCUGUUUGUUCCUCUCUCUCUCUCCCUCUCUCUCGCUCCCUCUCUCUCCCUCUCUUUCAAGUCCUAUCUUCUCCACCGCAUCAACCACCCCUCCAAAAAAAAAAAAACAAAAAAAAAAACACGACUCUGUCCCGAGAUGCGAUGAGAUGAGCGUCUGACAAAACAUCUCCGGCUGAAGAAGAAAAAGGGAAAACGCACGGAUAUAUUUCCCCCAUCAGAGGUGUGCUUUGCUGCUGCGCUCACACGGGACUUAUUUGUUUGGUUACCGCCAGAAAUUAUUUAUUUAUUUCUUCUUUUUUUUUUUUUUUUUUUUUUUUUUUAGUUUUGGCGUGCGUAAAAAGGCGCAGCAAACUCUCUUCCCUCUGCAAACAGGACUGGAGAUUAGGGGGGAUUUUUUUUCCCCAGAGGGGAGUGAACUGAAAAAAGAAAAAAGAGAGAGAAAAACUUAAGAGGUGCUAUAGUUUUUUUUUGCUGGUGCUUCUGUUUUAAUUUUUUUUUUUUAUUAUUAUUAUUAUUUUUUUUUUAAUGUUUUCCCCUGCCACGCGAGAGAUGAAGGAAGAUGACUUUUAAUGGACAUGAGGGUGUCAGGAGCUGGCCGAAUCCUUUCGUAAUUUUUGAGCUCUGUCUCCCUCAAAGAGAGCAACCAGUUUGAAAAGAAGCCCCGACACUUUAAAGCUCUGAAAUUAAACUUCCAAGUGCUGUCCCCUCUCCUCCUCCUCUCUGCCCCGACAACGGGAUGAUUUUUCCAAACUGAUAGACUUGAGCUGUGUUGCAAUUCCUGCAUGAGAAGCUCCGUGGAUCGUGACGGUCACUAUGCCGAGGAGAAAGCAGCAAGAGCCGCGGCGAUCAGCAGCGUACAUGCCCGAGGAUGAGCUUAAGGCAGAUACUCACGAUGAGGAAGAGCACCUGCAGGAUGAUGGCCUCUCGUUAGACGGCCAGGACACCGAGUUCCUGUGCAACGAGGAAGAGGAAGAUGUUGAUGGAGGCCAGGCACCUAGCUACAGAGACUCUCCACUCAGCAAUGGCACCAAUCCUGAUGCUGGAUACGCGUCGCCGCUCAGCGAUGCUAGCGACCGGCUUGUGGACUUCAAGAGCAUCUCUUCAAGAGAUGGUCAGGAGAGGGAAGGCACCGCUCUCCCCUUCCGUCCCAACAACGGCUUGUCUUUCCAGGAUAGCCUGGCACAGAUGAAAGCCGUCUAUGCAAAUCUCAUCUCAGAUGCCUCUUGGUCUAGCAUCGCAAUGGACAUCAUGAAAUCUAAGCCUGCUGCAGCUGGCAGUGUCAACAGUGUCAGUUCCCCUGCAGAGCCUGUUUCUUCCGCCUCUGUCUCAACAACUACAACCAUAAACAAGAGCAGUGGGGUCAAUGUGGCUAGCAGUCACCAUAACGGCAGGAGCUCCACCACCACUGUCAACCACAUGGGCAGCAUGAGUGCCAGCACCAAUGGCACAGCAGCUAGCUCUGCUAGCAGCCACAGUGCAACCAGUAGCAGUGGGCACAGCGGUGGUGGGGCCAGUAAUGGUGGUAUAACCUAUGACUGGCACCAGGCAGCACUUGCCAAAACUCUUCAGCAGACCCCCUACCACCUUUUACCUGAGCCCAGCCUCUUCAGCACAGUGCAGCUCUACCGGCAGAACAACAAGCUGUAUGGCUCUGUUUUUACUGGUGCAAGCAAGUUUCGCUGCAAAGAUUGCAGCGCUGCCUAUGACACACUGGUGGGUCUGACAGUCCAUAUGAAUGAGACAGGCCAUUACCGAGAUGACAAUAAGGACAAAGAGGAGGAUCAGGGCAAGCGCUGGUCCAAGCCACGCAAGCGCUCCUUGAUGGAGAUGGAGGGGAAAGAAGAUGCCCAGAAAGUACUGAAGUGCAUGUACUGUGGCCACUCAUUUGAGUCUCUGCAAGAUCUUAGCGUUCAUAUGAUCAAGACCAAGCAUUACCAGAAAGUGCCUCUCAAAGAACCAGUGCCAGCCUUGGCUACUAAGCUGGUGCAAACGUCAGCUAAAAAGCGGGCUAUGCAAGAUGCUAUAGUCUCCCCAUGUUCCCCGGACUCUCUCCAUGCUGGUGGUGGUGGUGGCGGUUUAUCUCUUGGGGAUAUGAAAGACAUGAAAGCUGCAGCUAACCCCUAUGUGACGCCAAACAACCGCUAUGGCUACCAAAAUGGUGCCAGCUACACGUGGCAGUUUGAAGCUCGUAAAGCGCAGAUCCUCAAAUGCAUGGAGUGUGGUAGCUCACACGACACACUACAACAGCUGACUGCCCACAUGAUGGUUACAGGACACUUUUUGAAAGUUACAAACUCUGCAUCUAAGAAGGGCAAGCAGCUGGUCUUUGAUCCUGUGGUAGAAGAGAAGAUUCAGUCUAUCCCACUACCGCCAACCACCACUAGACUCCCUGUUCCCAGUAAUGUUAAGUCCCAGCCAGUGUCCCCAGCCCUCUCCUCUGGUUCAGAGGAAAAAAGGGAUGGAGGUGAGGAUGAAAAAGUCGAAAGUUGCGAACCAGUAGAGAAGAAAAUCAAGGAGGAGAAGGAUGAUUCAAGUGAAAAAUCAGAGACUGAUACCACGUCAUAUAAAUAUCUUAGAGAAGAAGAUCUGGAGGAGACACCUAAAGAGGGUUUAGAUAUACUGAAAUCCCUUGAGAACACCGUAUCCAGUGCCAUCAGCAAGGCUCAGACAGGCACACCAACAUGGGGUGGCUAUCCCAGCAUUCAUGCAGCCUACCAGCUGCACGGCAUGAAGAGCUCAUCCACUGUUCUGCCCCCAACCGUCCAGAGUGUCCAGAUGCAGCCGAUGUUUAACAGUGGGCUACGAGGUCUCGUGGGUGACCCCAACUCAGUCAUCCAGUCUCCUCGAAGCCCUUCCUCGCCAACUCCCCUCAGGAGCAACGUAACUGCCAUGGAAGAGCUUGUGGAGAAAGUGACAGGAAAAGCUGCCACUGUGAAGAAGGAAAAGGAGGAAAAGAUGGUGAGCAUGGAACGAUGCAGGCCCCCGUCGUUAGUAAAAUCCCCUUCUCCUGCACUGAGAGAGCAGAGAGACCAACUACCAUCUCCAAAUGACUUUUCUGUAGGUAAACAAUCUGGGAUGAGAAGUAGCAGCCCGGGCAGUGUAGAUUCAGAGCUUAUCUGUAAGAAGGAACCAAGGGAGAGCCUAGUUGAUGGCCAGAGCAACCACUCAAAGAACGGCUCCGAGGCGUGCCAAUCCCCGGUAACCAAUGGCAACAGUCUUGGCAUCAUCACUGACCAUUCACCUGAAAGUCCCUUCGUCAACCCUCUCAGUGCACUCCAGUCGAUCAUGAACACACACCUGGGGAAGGCUUCCAAACCAGUAAACCCAUCUGCAGAUCCACUAUCGAUGCUGUACAAAAUCAGCAACAGCAUGAUGGAUAAGCCAGCCUUCAACGCAACCCCUCAGGGCAAGCCAGCUGACCACUAUCAGCUGUAUGAAAACAAUGACCAGCCCAUAGACCUGAGUAAAAACAAGUCCACUGCUAACAGCAACAACAAUAAAAGCAGCAGCACCAGUGCUCUCUUGACCAACACUAAUGUAAAUGGAAACAAACCCCUCAUUUCCCUCCCCGAAUCCGUCUCUUCUCCUCUGAGGGAGAACGCUCUGAUGGAUAUUUCCGAUAUGGUUAAGAAUCUCACAGGAAGGCUGACACCCAAGUCUUCAACUCCCUCCUCCAUCUCAGAGAAGUCUGAUGCUGAUGGGAGUGCAUUCGAGGAUGCCCUGGAGGACCUCUCGCCACUUCAGAAGAGAAAAGGGAGGCAGUCCAAUUGGAAUCCCCAGCAUCUCCUCAUCCUGCAGGCACAGUUUGCCUCUAGCCUGAGGGAAACCGCAGAGGGCCGUUACGCCAUGACUGACCUGGGCCCUCAAGAAAGGGUUCACAUCUGUAAGUUCACAGGCCUCUCCAUGACUACCAUAUCUCACUGGCUGGCUAAUGUCAAGUACCAGCUGAGACGGACUGGGGGCACCAAGUUUCUCAAAAACAUGGACUCCUGCCAGCCCGUGUUCCUCUGUGGUGACUGUGCCUCUCAGUUCAGGACUCCCUCCUCCUACAUCAGCCACCUGGAGUCUCACCUGGGCUUCAGCUUGAAGGACCUGUCCAAACUGUCAGCUGAGCACCUACGGGAGCAGCAGGCUGCCUCAAAGGUGAUCACAGACAAAAUGACAUUCGGCAGCCCGCUGUCAGCCUUGGCCACGCCAGAGGACGACACAGGCUCCGUGUACCAGUGCAGACUGUGCAAUCGGACAUUCGUCAGCAAACACGCAGUCAAACUGCACCUCAGCAAGACCCACGGCAAGUCUCCGGAGGACCACCUGGUGUUUGUCACCGCUCUGGAGAAACUGGAGAAGCUCGAAAAAAUGGAGAAAGUUUAGUCAAGCACGUCUGUGAUCUGCUGAGGGAACGGACUGACAGCUGUGGAACUGACUAGAAUUUCAUUGCACUAAAAUGACAUUGUUCACAGUUACUGCACUGGGCCGAACUGAGCCGCCAGAAGAAUAUCAGUCUUACUAUUUUUAGUUGUGACAACUGCCUGACUGGACCAUGUCUUUUAAUGUUGUUUCUUUCGUUUUAAUUUGCCAAGCUUUUUUACACUUAUUUUGUAAUAUAUUUAUAUGCUAUUUGUCUGACCUGUGCAUGUAUUUUAGUGAAACAAGGUUAAACACAAGAUUUUAAUCUUUUCAUGGCAAAAAUACAACUACUGCUUCAAGGCUAAAAGUGGUGAGUGGAAGAGAGAACUGUAUAAUACUUUAUAUGAAGAAGAUGAACACUCAAUGUAUACGACAUAAAGUUAACCCCAAAAGACUGAAGUAGCACCUUAGACAGUUGGAUUUUGAAAUUGUUGGAUUAUCUUUCAUUUGUCAAAAUCUGAUUUAAAAAGAUCAAGGAUUAUCAUGCCCCCCCCUCCCCGUCCCUUCAUCCCAACACUCUCCUCCUUGGGUUUCUGUCACUCCAAAAGUCUUUUGGUGACGCUCACAAAUCUGUCCAUGUUUUAGAGGGGGGAAAAGAAAGAAAGGAAAAACUGAAAUGCUGCUUCUCGGUUACGAGUCAAUCAGUGAAUGGCCAUUGGUAUGCAAGUUUGCUCAAGAAAACCUUUCCUUGCUGUGAAGUACCACCUUAUAGCAAUUUUCCAGUUGUAUGGUUUGUUACAGCCUUCUUUUUGAAAUUGUGUCGCUUUAUUCAGCUGUAAAGAGAACAGUCCGUUACAUGUAAAUGACCACCAGUGAAACGUCAGUACUCCAUUAGACAUAUCUUACCAUUUGAAACGGCUCAGCAUUCUUUGUAUCUUAAGGUGUGUGCAUUCUCUAACUUUUAUAUUGUCAUUUUAUAUACAAAAAAUGAUUAAAAAAUAAAAACAGAUGGUGUACAUAGAUAUAUGCUGUAGAGCUACAAAAAUGUCCUUUUUUUAAAGAAAAUACAAAUUAAGCUUCUUUGGCUCGGUUUACAUAAAUGAUUUUAAUUAUACUUGCAUCCAAUUUGAUGCAUGAAAUGGUGUGGAAAAUAAAUAAGCGAUGCACAAUGACUAUACAUUUCAAUGUUUUAUCAACAAUAUUGUAAAAAAAAAAAAAAUGAAAGGAAAAAAAACAACAGCAACUUUUUAGCACCAAUUAGUUUGUUUCAUUUCUUUCUCAAUUGUAAAAUAAACCCCAAAGCAGUUGUUAACAGUCA